GCUGUACGUCUCUUUGCACAGACCCGCAUCACGCCCUGUACACUGAUGGAGGAAAAGGACAGCAACGAGAAUGAGGGCUACACCGGGGAGAUAAAGGGGGGACUGCGGCCUUCAAUGAAACUGGUUGUAAUGGGAAUUGUCAACAAAAAACCUCAAAGUAUGGAGGUGCUGGUGUCAAGUCAGCUGCGGGAUGAGGAGGGGGCUGACGGGGCUGACGGGGCAGAGGGGGACGUGGGGUUGCAGCUGAAGAUCAGUUUUAAGGAGAAGGCGAUCCAGAGAAACGCUCGACUCAACGGGAAGUGGGGUCUGGCUGAAAACACUCUGUCCUUCUUUCCCUUUGCCUCCGGAGAGCCUUUCAAGAUGGAGAUAGUAUGUGAGCACCAGCAGUUCCGUAUACUGGUGGAUGGACAGCCUCUGUGUGGUUUUUCUCAUCGCUUCACCCCUCUGGCCUCUCUCACCUCUUUACGAGUGUUUGGAGACCUGCAGCUCACAAAGGUGGCCUAACGGAAACGAUGAUUAGCUGUGUGUUUCUUUAGAAAAGUGCUACGAACAAAUCAACCCAUGAUAAAACUGCAUGGGUUUACUUGUUCCAAACAGAAUUACACCUGACUCAAAAUAAUGUCAAGACCAAGUGCCUUCACUAGGUUCACCGCAGAGGAGCAGGGAGUUACUGGCUGAAUGUAACUGGCAAUGAUGGUUUAUGUUCGACCACCGAUCUGAUCCAAAUCUUUGCAAUUAUAGAUCCAGUUAUUUCAUUUGUUAUUUACGAUGGCUAAUUAGACAGAGAAGUACAAAAAUCGAUUGGUCUAAAUAUGGUUUAGUGGACAUUUAAUGAGUUAAAGUUGCAAAAUGUAACUUUUCUGCUGCCUGUUUUUCUCCAUGAAUAUGUUAUUGCUUUGUCCGUAUGUUUAACUGCUUAAAAUCUGCUUAAAAUCUGCUUAAAAACGUUCACUGAUGGUCUCCAUGGAGAUAGACAAGCUGAAUGUCAUACUGUGGAACAUUCGAGACAAAGCAAUAACCUUUCCCUGGAGAUAAGCGUUUUAGUCGAUGUUAGAGGAAGUAAUAACGGACAAGAACAGGUAUUAAAAUAAUCUGAGUGGACACAUAUAUGCAGUCUGUUCGUCUUAAUUUAUAAAUGGUGGUACCAUGAUAAAAUGUUAUAAUUUGCAUCAGUUCCUACUUCUUUAAAAAGGGGUGUCUUUCUUAAUUUAGCAAGAAAAUAUGUCUCAAAGAGGGAUUAUAAAGAGAAGCUUAAUUGUUUAUUCUGAAACACUUAAUCCUCUGAAUUAAAAUGAAUGUGACUGAUGCGUGCGUGAGCCUAGCGCAGUACUGUAACAGGUGUAAUCAUGUAAUGUAGCCCACAGUAGUGCAUGCCAUUUACACACAGUGACUUUGAGUUCCCUUAAAAGUAAUAUUUUCAAUCAUAAACUAAAUACACUUUUGUUUGGUAUCAUAAUAAGUUUUGUACAAUUUUAAGCUCUAGACAAUUACUUGAUUUUCCUUCUAAGCACUUUGUACGGUAAUGUUUCAUGUUGCAAUAAAUGACUUAGUUGUUA